AUGUCCUCGGUGCCGACGCCUCAAUAUCCCCUGCAUCGGACUUGGGCAACAGCCUCGACCCCGACCAGCAAUACCUCUUUGCAACUCCAGGAACAGGGAACUGGGUCUACAGUGCAAAGCCCUUCAAGCCUCGACACAGUCGCAAUAUCUCGAGUUCCAUCCAACGAAACGACGCGGCUUGUGACCGCUUUCACGGAUAGAAUCAAACCGACCCUCGGCGUCCAGUACAAUCUGGCCUGGACAUACGGGGAUUACCUCAACCAUGUUCCAGCUCGCCUAGGCGUGAACGAGGCUCUGGACAGUGCCACCGACACCUUUUUGGCGGCCGUUGCGACAUUAUCAGAUCCACUCGGUGCCAAAAGCAGUCCUGUGCUCUUCGAAAAGUAUGGGCGUACCUUAACCAGCCUCAGAAAGUGUUUAGAUGAUCCGGUCAAGGCGACAAGCCCGGAAACACUGUGUGCUAUUCUCUUCCUAUGGAAUUGCCAGUUCAUCUGGCAACGGAAUGGACCUAUCACCACACAUGCGGAUGGCGUUGCCCAGAUCCUCAGAUUGAGAGGCAGUGUCGAGAAGUGUCAGGACCCAUUUGAAUUGAACUUACUCCUCAGUCUUCGUGCCGUUGUGCUCUUUGACUCCCUUUUCAAUGGCCGAAUCGCCUUCGACGACCAAGAAUGGAUCGCCAUGUUCGACAGCCGGCUCUAUGAGCUCAGCCCUGAAGGGCAGGCAGUACAAUGCUUGACUCGGGUGCCGAGUCUGAUGCGACGGAUCAAGGCCGCAUUGACCGGCGAUCUACUUCAUCAAGCCACACUUGCGGACCUAGAGAAAGAGGCACAUGCACUUCGCGCAGAUCUCGAGCCCGCACUGUCCCGCCUCCGUCAGCGAUGGCAGAAAAACUCGUCGGCCACAGAUAUUGCUGCUAAAGGGCUGCCUCACUUGGCGGGUCUGGGGCAUUGUCACUUUCUACGAACAUACAGCCUCGGUCUGGCUAUCGCCAUCUUCAUCAACGAGGCACGGCUUGCCCUGUGCUUGGACGCGGCCGAGAUCCUGCAAGAGUCGCACGAAUUUGCCCUCGAAAUCACCCACCUGGCCAGGAUCGCGUCUCAGUACCGACCAUUGGGGGCAUCUGCGGUAAGUAUAUGUCUCCUCGCGGCCGAGGUUGGGGCAGCCGACGUCGAGACCAAGUCCGCCGCGAGGAGUGUGCGGGUCGAGUAUGCCAGCGACUUCCAGGGGUUUCAGGACGUGGAAGUUUGCCAGGAUUUGCAGUUGAUCUGUGGGCGUGAGUGGUCUCGAGUGUUGACUCGGGAGACGAUGUGACGAGAGGCUGCUCUCCAUUUCUUGACGAGGAGCCACCCGUCAAAGAUCAGAAGGGACCUGGAAGGGAUGAGUCGCCAUGUUAAAGACGAUGUAUAUACUGAAAGUCCAGCCCGACCAGGUAGAUUAGACAUCAAGAGCCCAAGAUCAGCGACGCUCAAUUUCCAGUCGAGCGGCACUCGUUCAUCUUAUUGGACAAAUUAGUACAG